AACAAACUUUAAACACCAACAAAACAAUUUUUCAAUUCUGGAAGUUCCCUACGCUAGACUAAAUAUAAACUGCGAUACUGCAAUAGCAAUUAUUAUUCAUAAAUAUUUUUAUUACAUUGCACGUAACAACACAAAUAAGACUAGUUUCCAAUGUUCGGUAAACCCCCGGUAACAGCUCUUCAAGAGUAUUGUGCAAAAAAAGGAGUUGGCCUUCCAAAGUACAAUUGCAUGGAUGCCAACGAUGGGAGCAAAUCCUUUAUGUGCUCCGUAGAUGCCUUGGAUCGUACAUCAUACGGCAAUGGGCGUUCCAAACAAGAGGCCAAACAUGAUGCAGCUGCAAAUCUCAUUCAGGACGUCAAGCUAACACAUCCAGAUAUACUCUUGAUACCUCAGGCUCCCCAUGAGGCCAUACCAACCACAGAUGCAGUUAUUACUUUGCGGGAUAUCUGUGUUCAACAAAAUCAUCCACUUCCUGCAUUUGAUAUUAUUCAACAAGCUGGUCCUGCUGAAGCACCCGAAUUCACUGUGCUAUGUCAAUUGGCUACAAUUAAGCGAUAUGGUGUUGCCAAUACUAAAAAGGCAGCCAGACAAAAAGCCGCUUUGGAAAUUUUAAAAAUUGUUCAAUCAGCUCCUCGAUUGGAUGAAGGUCUACAGGUAGCUUCCAUGGAAACUCAAAUCACAGACGGAGAAGAAAAUCGUUAUAAAAAAAUAAAAACUUACCGUGAACUCACUGAAUCUGGAAUCGAUGACAAACCUGGUGAAUUACUAUCGGAUCGGCAUUAUUUCUUUGAAAAGUUUAACGAUUCUUUAAGAAAAGAAGCCAAGCGCAUACUCAGCGAUGAAACUGCUUAUGUUAGUCGUAAAGAACGUGUGGGUGACUUGUUUCGGGCAUUGAGUCUUAAGCCAACCAAAACUGUUUUACCAUCUUCAGCAUUGGAAACCCAUUAUUUCUUGGAAUUAAAUUUAGAGUAUGAUGUAUGUUUUGCUGGUAAUGAUGAAACUAUUAAUGCAGAUGUAAUAGAGUAUUUUAAACAUAUGAUAUAGUAACAUUUUUUAACUGUUUAAAACAGUUUUAAGCAUUUGUAAAGCUUUUAUUGUUCCAUUAUUUUAUGUAGCGUGAUUUUUUAUAUGAAAAUCAAAUUUAUAUCCAGUACAUCCUUAAAUUUGUAAUACAUUAAUCUCUGAAUAAAAAACAUAUAUAUUUAUAAAAA